AUGGAAACGGUCGCUGGAAUUGUUCCUCGAAGUAAACUGCGUGGCUCUACCAUCAAGGAAAAAGUCCCUCCAGCUGGUUCGGACGUUUACACGGAGGCGAUCAAACUGUUGGAUGCUCAUUUCGCACCUUUCUCCAACAUCCCGUACGAUCGCUAUGUGUUUCGGCAGAUAAAACAAGCGGAGGAUGAAACUGUUGAGAAGUUUGUCAGCAGGCUGCGAGAGCAAGGACGUUUGUGCGAUUACGGGAAUGCUCUCGAUUUGCGCAUUACUGAGCAGGUGUUCGACAACAGCGUAUCGGAUGAGUUGCGAGAGGUCAUUAUAAAGAAGAAAUUGAUCAGCGUGGAAGAAAUAGUGCAGGAGGCGCGCAUCCUUGAAACAGUGCAUCGCAAUAAGGAGGAUAUGAAGAAAAAUGCAGUGCCAGUGGACCAAAGCAACGUGAACAUAAUCAAAAAAGGAACGAAAAAGGACAAAUGCUUUCGAUGCGGUAAUAUCGGACAUUUUGCAAACGAUAAGUGUUGUCCCGCGAAGAAUAAAGUUUGCGAUAGUUGCAAGCUAGUAGGACACUUCCGUAAAAUGUGCAAAACCAAGCCAGAGAGCCGGAAAGCGAAGGAAAAAAAGGGCAAGAAGGUAUGGCAGAUUCAGGAUUCGGAUGACGAAGGUGGCGCCCGAGCCGGCUGCAGUUCCAGCAGUGAAGACAGCGACGACGACGUACAGCAAAUCUAUGCUACCGGAAGCAAGCACGAGUUGGUGACAUGCCACAUAGGCGGUGUUAAGCUGGAUUGGAUUGUGGACACCGGGGCCCAUGUAAACGUAAUCAGCCGGAAGACAUGGCGCUACCUAAAGGAAAAUGGGCUAAAAUUCGAGGCGUUGCAUAAACCUCGAAAGUACCUUAGCGUCUACGGGGACGGUAAACUGAAGGUCUACAAAACGUUCAGUGCAAAUAUAGCUACCCGUUCAAACAGCGUGUUCCACGAGGUGUAUGUUGUGGACAGCGAAACCGGUGCUAAUUUGCUGUGUAAAAAUACAUCGUUGGAGUUGAAAAUCCUGGAAAUCCACGGCGAGCUGUUCUGCGUUCCCGAAAAAGAAGAACUGAAGGUUGGAAAGAUGAAGAAUGUGCAGGUGAAAAUCCAGAUCAACGAAGACGUAGUUCCGAUUCAACAACCCUGUCGGCGCCUGCCGAUUCCUCUGCAGAGCGUAGUCGAAGAGAAGCUGAAUGAUCUGUUGAAGCAGGACAUCAUAGAACCUGCCCCGUUGAAAAUCACCUGGGCAUCACCUCUCGUAGUGACCCCAAAGGAUGGAGGAAAAAGUGUACGACUGUGCGUUGAUAUGCGUAUGGCUAACAAAGCCAUAAUCCUUGAACGACACCCGCUACCGACGUUUGAAGAGAUAAUGCCCCAUUUGGAUGGGUGUAAGUAUUUUUCCAAAAUCGACCUGGUGAAAGCAUUCCACCAGAUAGAGCUGGAGCCUGCUUCUCGUGAAUUAACCACUUUUGUAACUCCGACCGCAUACUACCGUUACAAAAGACUGAUGUUUGGGAUGAACUGCUCCGCAGAAAUAUUCCAGCGGGAAAUCGAACGUGUUUUGAAGGGCAUUAAAGGUGUCCGCGUAUUCAUCGACGACAUUCUUGUAUACGCAAAAACUAAGGCGGAGCACGACGCAAGAGUGGAGUUAGUGCUAAAGCGGCUGCAAGAACAUGGACUGACGAUUAACCGAGGAAAAUGUGAAUUCGGGAAAACAUCGGUAGACUUCAUGGGCCACACGUUAUCCGAGCAAGGCAUACUACCGAAAAAUGACAAAAUCAGUGCUGUGCAGUCGUUUAGGCAUCCACAAAACGCUACCGAGAUGCACAGUUUUCUAGGGCUGGUGAACUACGUCGGUAAGUUCAUACCAAAUCUCUCGGAAAUGUCAACAACCCUUCGUCAAAUGGCAGUUAAGGGCGCUAAAUUUGAAUGGACGAAGGAACGCCUACGAUGUUUCGAGAAGAUCAAGGCUGCCCUGGUAAACCCUAAGCACCUCGGAUACUUCAGCCCAAGGAACCGCACACUGCUUAUCACCGAUGCCAGCGACAACGGUCUAGGUGCAGUCUUAGUGCAGAUCAUCCACAACGACGCCCGAGUCAUCAGCUACGCGAGUAAAAGCCUCACCAAAACUGAACGGAAGUACUCAACACUCGAUAAGGAAGCUCUGGCUAUCGCCUGGGCUGCUGAACGGUUUCAGAUGUACCUAACCGGUAUGGAGUUCACCGUAAUAACCGAUCACAAGCCGUUAGUGGGCAUUUUCAACGAGAAGUCAACACCCAACAAGCGACAAGAGAGGUGGGUCUUAAGAAUGCAACACUUCCGGUAUCAAAUCGUGCACGUUCCGGGAAAGACUAAUAUUGCGGACCCACUUUCGCGACUACCAAAGGAGCUGAAGUGUAGAACAUUCGACAAAGCAGCUGAAACUGCGUUAUCUGCUAUUGUGGAAGUCAACAAGCCGACUGCGAUAACGAUGGACGAGAUUAUGCUGUAUUCGCGAGAGGAUGCGGAGUUACAGAGUGUAAAAAAGGCACUACACGAUGACCAGUGGCAAGGCGAUUUGAAACGAUACGCAGUGUUUAAGGACAAGUUGCGAGAGACGGUUCUAAAAUUGGCGCACAUCGGUCAUCCAGGUCGCGAGAAAAUGAAACGGAGAAUGCGGAUUGCGGUUUGGUGGCCGGGUAUGGACGGAGAUGCAGAGAAAGCGUGUCGAGAGUGUUUCGAGUGUCAACUAGUUGCACCUUUCGAAAAACCGGAGCCCAUGUGCAUAAGGGACCUACCAGUUGCUCCAUGGGUGCACCUGGCGGGAGAUUUCCUUGGACCUCUUCCGGAUAAUAGCUAUUUAUUCGUGCUGAUUGACCUCUAUAGUCGAUACGUUUUGGCUGAACCGAUGACGAGAACUACCCCUGGCGAUGUGAUUCGUUUUUUGAAAAGUAUUUUCACCAGGAUGGGACUACCACUAGUGUUAACAUUCGACAACGCUAGGAACUUCGCAAGCCAGGAGAUGAAAGACUACUGCUUCGAUAACGGAAUCAAGCUGACCCAUACGACUCCGUACUACCCCAGUGCAAACGGCGAAGUCGAGCGCCAAAAUCGGUCCAUCCUGAAAGUACUGAAGAUAAGCAAACAACAGAACGCGGACUGGAAAGCUGGCCUGCAGGAAUACCUGUACAUGUAUUCUGUGACCCCACAUUCCGUGACGGGAGUCGCACCGGCCGAACUAAUGUUCGGAAGAAGAUUUCGUGAUUUGAUCCCCCAUUUUCCACUGCAAGCUCUGGACGACAGCGAGUUGCGUGAUCGGGAUCGAACGGUUAAGUAUCAAGCCAAGACCUACAGAGAUGAAAAAGUUGGGGCAAAGGAGUCACUUGUAUCAGUCGGAGAUGAAGUGCUAAUGAAAAACGUGCUUCCUCAAAACAAACUGACCUCAAAGUUUUUGCCAACUCCGGCGAAGGUAAUUGAUCGGCGAGGGAACAGCGUAACACUCGAAACCCAAGAUGGACAAACCUACAAGCGCAACACUUCACACGUGAAACGGUUGGUACGCCCACCUACCAUGGACAACGACAUUGAACCGGAAUCGACUUCAUCGGCACCUCGGGACGACGAGAAUACACCAGCUACAGCAGAGAAGGAUUUCGCAUUCCAACCGGUUAGAUCAGCUAGGCCGAACCGCCAGAUAACGCGGCCUAAACGAUAUGAUGAUUACCAUCUUGAUUAA